GCCUAGGAUUGCAAAACAACAACCGUAGAGGACAUGAUCACGUAGAUCACGACGGAUACAUCUCAAUAGAUGACGUCAUAAACCAGGUGAUGACCCCCACCAACACAGAUGCCGUCUCGGCUAAUGACGUCGACCCCGUCAACACCCUCGAACCUUCCGGAACUGUCGAAGUUACCCGUACCCGUACCGUACCCGCCCUACCCCCAAGACCAUCGACUCAACAGGUCGUUAAUUUUGAGUCUAUUUUACAUGAUCUAUCCAUGUUCGAUAUUGAUGAAAAUAUAACGGAAAACGGCAAUGAGGGGAGAGAUGAUAAUCGUGAUAAAGAAAAUGAAUUGACGGGCUACGGGGGAAACAGAAUAAAUUUACAUCGCAAUGAAAGCGUUGGAGUUAGAAAUACUACAACAGCUAGUGUUGACGGGAUGGGUUGCGUUGAAAUUAACGCCACAAAACCAAAAGUCAAUAAAACAGAGAGAGGAGAAUAUAUUGAAGACACUUACCUCGUUCCAAUAACUUCUGCAUACGCUGUUAAAAUUUCUUCAUCCCAGGGACAUUUUCAAGAGGGAGAAUUUAGACACAGAGUUUUUGCAAAUUUAGAACACAAUUCUGAUGGCCAUAAUACAGAAGAGGUAUUAAGUGCUGAUGAUGAGAAAAAUAAUUAUUUUCUUCCGGUUCUGUUUAAUAAGUUUUAAAACUUUCACCAUUACGUUAUAUUACUUUACUUUGCUUCAAGUAACAACUUCGGAUUCUGUCCUACGCUUACACUA